AUGCUAACGGUAAAAACGAAGGAUGAUACAAGGCUAGACUCCCAUCUACCCAAGAACAAUGAAGUGCUAUCCCCUGUUUCCCAAGAAUCCUAUCUACCCGAGAAGGCAAAACUCGCCUUGACCUUUUUAAGGAAAUUCCUUUCUCUUUUCGUUGCUUUCAAGCCCUUAGGAGGGGUUUCUAAACUUCAUCUAGCGGUCUUUUGGAGCAUUCUGGAGCAUAUGGGACAUGAGGAGCAUGGAGGGACUUGGCGCAUGGAAGCAGCUCAACUGGAUACGCAAAGGAAGAAGGGAGAAGCCAUCUUGAAGACCAGCUCGACCGUCCACUCGACCAACCGGUCGAGUUCCUCAACUCGACCGGCCAAGCUUCAACUCGAUCGAGCUGGGGAGUCAAAGUCAAACCCGAAAAAUGUUGCUUCCCCCUUGACUUCCCUUUGA